UAUAAGGAAAUUUGUGAAAUGUAAAACUGGUGGGAACAGUUCUGCGUGUUGCUAGAUUGGAGACGCAAACGAGCGCCGUUGUUUGCAAGGAUGCGAGGGAGGUGGUGUUCGUUGGGGACGAAGCAGAUCUGCUGCCGGGAAUUAGUCUGGUGCGAGGGAGGUGGUGUUCGAACAGGGUCUCAGAGAUCCGAAAGUUGGAGGGAGACGACGUCAACGGAGAUGACGACGAAGGAAGUCGGCGUCGACGAGGAUAGGGAGCCGUCGUUAAUACACAAUUUGCAGAGAAAACUGGUGGGGACCUGCUGCAACCGUGGAGGUGCAGAUCUGGCGAGGCGUAGAUCCGGCGACAAGAAAUGCACAACAAGCUUGAUGCUGUGUGACGGGAGGUUCAGGCUGGCACUGUCGGCAAACAGGAAGGUGACGGCGAGGCUGAAGCUGGAGGUGAGGAAGUCAGAGCUGCAGACGGAAGACCAAGCUGGAUGAUAUAUUAGGGAUAUGGGAAAAAAUAUUUCCUGCGCUGAAAGAAAGAAGAAACGAUCUUACGCUCUGAUACCAUGUGAAUAUUUUGAGAAACCACCACACCUUAACAUGGGUGGUAAUACUAUAUUUAUAAUUACAAAGAAUAAUUACAAUUAAAUGAUACCAUAUGUAAAAUGGAAACUAAUAUCCUAGAAUAAAUGAAAUAUUUACAAUCA